UUCAGACUUGAGGGAGGAAUGGCGGCCCCUCGGAGCUUCCUCAUCACUCUCUCCGGGUUCUUUCUGGUUUUGUAUGCCUCCUGUGGAUCUACAACUGCGGGGAACAAGAAAAGCAACCAGGAGCGGUGCGCUUAUCAGGUUCAGUCCGUUGCAGAUGGAAGUCAGAAGUUGCCCGUCACCUUCAGAGCUGACAAUUGUUCGUUGAACUACCCGUUGGGCAAACAUGUGAUUCAUGAGGUCACCAACGUCUCCUUCAGCCAUCUGGCCUGUGAGGAUCAGGCCGCCGUGGUCGUCCACUGGGCCGCCAGUCCACUAGGAAUCGAACACAUUAAAGGAUUCAGAGUUUAUCUGGAGGACAAGAACCCAGAAGGGAAACAGUGUCAACAUCUCCUCCUCAAAGACCCUCGACAGCUCAACUGCUCCUACAAGAACACGAAGCUGAGCAGCCAGCCGUUCAGCGGUUUGACCUUUGACACGGACUACAUGGUUCGCGUCGUUCCUUUCCCGACUCUGAUGAACGAGAGCUUCUUCCCGCCGUCCUUCCUCAGGACCAACUCGUGUGAAGUCCUCUUGGGAUCAGACAACCUGGUUUGCAAACCAUUCUGGAAGCCAAAGACCCUGAACGUGUCCCAGCUGGGGUCGAACCUCCACGUGGCGUUCGACCAGGCGCCGGCCUCCUUCGGCUUCCACUUCUACUUCCUGUACUACAAACUGCGGCAGGACGGACCCUUCAGACAGCAGCGCUGCAAACCAGAUCUGAACCAACACAAAACAACAUGCAUCCUCCAGGACGUCACUCCGGGGACCUACACUAUCGAGCUCAGAGACGACGGUAACACGACCAGGAGGCAAACUCAGUACCACGUCAGCCAGGUCCACUCCCCCUGGGCGGGGCCUAUCCGUGCCAUGGCCAUCACGGUGCCUCUGGUCAUCAUGUCGGCCUUCGCCACUCUCUUCACUGUCAUGUGUCGCAAGAAACAGCAAGAAAACAUCUACAGCCAGCUGGACGAGGAGAGCAGCGAGUCGUCCAAUCACAGCGCGGCGUUGCACGCUGAGCGUCCGUGGCCCCGCCCCAAAGUCUUUAUCUGCUACUCCAACCGAGACUGUCCCAAACACACCGCCGUCAUCCAGAGCUUCGCCUACUUCCUGCAGGACUUCUGCAGCUGUGAGGUGGUUCUGGACCUGUGGGAACAUCUGGAGAUGUGCAGAGAGGGACAGAUGUCGUGGCUCAGCAGACAGCUGGACGAAGCCAACUUCAUCAUCACCGUCUGCUCCAAAGGACUACGCUACUACAUCGAGAAGAAGAGCCGCAGAGGGAAGACGCCAGUCAGUCGCCGUAGUAACAGCAGCAGCAGCACCAGCAGCUCUCCGAUUGGUGGAUCAGGCGGCGACCUGUUCAUCGUGGGCGCGGCCAUGAUCGCUGAGAAGCUGCGACUGGCGAAGCAGAGCGAGGGGGGCGGAGCUCAGGAGCUGAACCGCUAUAUGACCAUUUACUUUGACUACUCCACCGAGAAUGACAUCCCAACCAUGUUGAGUCUGGCUCCAAGGUUUAAGUUGAUGGACCAGCUGCCUCAGCUCUUCAGUCGGCUCCACUCCAGUCAGUCCAGUUUGGGUGAUCGAGAGUCGCAGCCUCACAACGUCUCCAGGAGGAACUACUUCAGGAGCAGAUCGGGUCGCUCGCUCUACGUCUCCAUCUGCAACAUGCACCAGCACAUCAGCCAGAACCCAGACUGGUUCGAGAAGCUGCUUUCUCCUCCUCCAGGAGGUUCAUCUGCCUCCUCCUCGAAGCAAACUCCAGUCCCAUCUGAACCGGGUCCAAGCCCUCCUGCAAAUCCUCCUUCCUCCUCCUCUUCGUCUCAACCGGAGAAGAGGUUCGACUCCGGCUUGGUGCUGAAUGAGGUGGUGGUGAAUACUCCGUCCCUGGAGGGCGAGGAGCGAGCGCCAAGGAGGAACAUGCUCCUGCUGGCCCCCGGCUCCAGUCCCAACCUGGACCUGGGCCACAGUCCUAGUCCCAGUCCGGAUUCCUGUCCCAGUCCAGGUCUGCCACACUGCUCCCUGUCCAUGCUGGGAUCCACUUCAAGGUCCACAUCUGGAAUAUCUGGACUGUUACCUGAAGAAUCUUCCUCCUCCACCUCCACCUCCACCUCCUCCUCCGCUCCCUCCAUCCUCCAGGAUACGUUGUGCCCUCUCCUCCUCCAGGCAGAAGACGGCCAUCGUUCCCUUCCAGAGGUCCCGCCACCUCGAGAUUCUGGCAUCUAUGACUCGUCCGUCCCUUCGUCCGAGCUCUCCAUUCCCCUGAUGGAUGGACUGUCACAUGACCAAGCUGACUCCUCCUCCCUUGCAGACAGCGAAUCAUCUUCUUCGGGGCUGGGUGACGAGGAGCCGCCUGCCGUCACGUCGCUCCUCUGCAGCGCCGCCACCGUCUGUAAAGCAGAGCUGCACCACCACCACCACCACCACCACCUGGAGCACAGCGAUGGACUCGCACCCGUGGCGUCGUUGUAGGGGAACGCCUUCAGCCAAUCAGAAGAGGAGCAGCCCGGUGAUGUCAUCACAGGACCCCAAAAAUAUUUCCUCUCAUAAAUGUGCCGUCAUCUAACUCAAAGUACUUUGUUCGCCUGGAGGAUUUUUUUUUAUGAAGGACUCAAACUCCAGACGCUGGCGGAGCGGAUCAGUUCACACCAAAGACUCUGCGUCUUGAUUGAUUGAUUGAUUGAUUGAUUGAUUGAUUGAUUGAUUGAUUGAUUGAUUGAUUGAUUGAUUGAUUGAUUGAUUGAUUGACAGCUGACUCAUGUACGAGUGGAUGUUCAGGCACUUUUUGAAGCAGGAAGACACAUCAUGUCCAGACGCUCCACGACAACAACAUCAACACAGGAGCUUCUGAGGAUUUUGUUUAACUAAAAGCUGCUGAAUGUUAAAUGUGGAAACAUCAGAAUAUGUUUUGUAUUAUUUCUCAACAUUUAGGACCAAAACCAAGUACGCACUAAAUACUUUGGGGAGAAAACCAGAAUGAAUUCUGUCCUUUUAAAAAGUUCACUUAAUGUGCCUUUUUCUUUUAGGAGGAGCAUUUCUUUUCAUUAUAAAGAGGAAUUAUUUUUAAAAACAGAAACAUUUUAUCAAUAUUCUUUGGAGUUUUUUCCUCUCAUUUGUUUUAACAGCAUAUCUUAUUUAAAAUGUCUCCAUGGCCACUAUAAUAAUAAAGUGUAAAACUGUUUCUGACAAACUUUAAACUUAACAGAGCUGUCGAAAAUCUACUAAAACCUGCAAAUGUGACAUAAUAUAGUGGAAGAAAUGUGUUAAAUCUGUGUUAAAUUUAGUGAUUUUCAAUGCAAAUUCAGCCUUUUGCCGCCACUCCGACACAAUAACAUGUUAAAUACUGUUGUUACAUAUUUUAAAGUAUUGAAUAUUAAUGUUACUUUUAUAGACAUGUAUUCUUUUUCAUCCUUUUUCUAACAUUGUUGCAGGAAGCAGGGAUGAUGAGGGCAUUAUGGGAAGUGACGCUUUUGUUGUUAAAUGACUAAACCACUUUAAAGAUGCAUCUAUGGAGGCUCAUUGCUGCCAGAGCAACCGGAAAUGUUGUCAAAGGAAAUAAUGAUGUCUUAUAUUUAAUUUACUAAAUAAAAAUUAUGAGACACAAAGUGAGAUUAUAUGUUGGU